AUGGUGUACCGCCGCCUGGGGAAUUCCGGCCUGCACGUAUCGGCUCUGGGUCUCGGCGGCUGGCUGACCUUUGGCGGCCAGGUCGGAAACGACACAACCCUGGCGUGCCUGAAACAAGCAUACGACUGCGGCAUCAACUUCUUUGACACUGCUGAAAACUACACUGGCGGCCAAUCCGAGGUUGCCAUGGGACUGGCCAUCAAGAAGCUCGGCUGGAACCGAAACGACAUUGUCAUUAGCACCAAGAUAAACUGGGGCGGCGCCAACGGCGAGGUGCUCGUCAACAACCACGGGCUGAGCCGCAAGCACAUUAUCGAGGGCCUCCGGGCGUCGCUGAAGCGGCUCGACCUCGAGUACGUCGACAUCGUCUACGCGCACCGGCCGGACCGGCUGACGCCAAUGGAGGAAGUGGUGCGUGCCUUCAACCACGUCGUCGAGAUCAAGGGCUGGGCCAUGUACUGGGGCACGAGCGAGUGGAGCGCCGACGAGAUCGUCGAGGCGUGCGGCAUCGCCAAGCAGCUGGGCCUGAUCGCCCCCGUGGUCGAGCAGCCCUUCUACAACCUCCUACACAGAAAGAAGGUCGAGGGCGAGUUCCAGCGUCUCUACAGCCGCUUCGGUCUCGGCUUGACCACCUUCAGCCCGCUCAAGUUCGGCUUCUUGAGCGGCAAGUACAACGACUCGCCCGACGCCCCGCCCCCCGGCAGCCGCUUCGCCAAGGGCGACGACAAGUUUGUCAGCUACAUGCGCGACAACUACGGGAACAAGGGAUGGCAGGAGGAUAUUGAGAAGGUUCGGAAGAUCAAGGUCAUCGCCGACAAGGUUGGUAUCCCACAGUCAGAGCUGGCUCUGGCGUGGUGCCUCAAGAACCCGAAUGUGUCGUCCGUCAUCACUGGCGCGUCUCGGCCCGAGCAGAUCGUCGAGAACGUCAAGGCCCUCAAGUCGCUCGACAAGCUGACGCCUGAGAUCAUGGUCGAGAUUGAUGAAGUUGUGGGAGCCGUCGAGUUGGAUCCUGCCAGACAGGACUGA